ACAAAAAAAAUAAACAAAGAAUUGGGAGGAGAAAAGAAAACUUUGGUGUCGAGGUGUGGUUGUGAUCAUUACCAUCAUCAUUUUGAUGAUGAUGAUGGUGGUUUAUAUAUAGAAAAAAAUUAUUCAUACUUGUUUUUGCUCGCGAUUCGUUCAAACGCAAACACUCAAUAUAUUCCAAUGUUUUUUUUUGAUCGUUGAAUAAAUCGCAAAGAAUUCGAAUGUUUUUUUUUCAUCUUUUCAAUUAUGUCGAAUGUAAGACAGAAAAAGAAAAAUCAGCCAAAAUAUCAAAAACCAACACAGCCAAUAUAUCGGCCACCAUCAGCACGUAUUGAAUCAUCAAUGUCUGGUCCAAAUCUUUCAUCAUCAUCAUCAGCAUCAUUUAUACCAACAAGUUUACAAGUUGGCGGUAAUCAUCCAAGCGAUAUUUUUCUCAUUAAACAACCAAGCACAAGUUUUGGUAAUGUUAUUUCAAAUGUAUUUCCAAUACGUGGUGUUUUAAAACGAUCAAAAUCAUUCGGGAACAACAAUAACAACAACAAUCGAUCUAAAGAUAAUCCUGAAACAAUAAACAAAACAAAAUAUCAUUUUCUUAAUGCAUCAAUGGCCGAUGCAUUUUUCCUGACAAUCGAAAGUAUUUCGAAAGAAAAUUUAAACAUUAUAAAACGUACAUUAAAUCGUCAAACAUGUACAUCGGUUACAAUGACACAAUUAUUACAAAUAAUUCGUGUACUUUGUAAUAAAGUAUUGGAUAAAUCAAAUAAUGCAAAUAUUGUUGCAAAAGUUUGUUUAGAAAUACAUUAUAAUCAACAGAUGAAUAUGAUACAUUUAAGUGAUCAUAAAUAUCUAUUUCUAGAAUCAUUAGCAAAUUGUUUACGUGAAUGGUUUAAUGAACGUGAUAAAUUACGUUUUACAACUGGUGGUGCACGUCGAUGGACAAAUUAUAUUACAUUUUUGAAGGAAAUUUAUCUUAAUUUGAAAGAAACUAUUGUAAAAGAUUAUGAAACAAAUAAAUUUUAUUUUAGUGAUUCGAAUGAUGAUGAUUAUGAUGAUGAUGAAGAUGAUGAUGAUGAAGAUGUUAAUUUUGAUGAUUUUAGUAAUAGCCAAUCAAUUAAUAAUAAUAAUAAUAAUAAUAAUAAUAAUAAUGAAACAUCAUCGGCAAAUGAUUCAAGUCAAGCUGAUUCAAGUUCCUGUAAAAGUGGUUCAAGUGAACGUUCAAUGAAAAAAACAUCAAGUACAAAUAGUAUUGAAAUAAAAAUAAUGAAUUCAUUAUUAUGUAAACAACAAAAACAAUUUGCAAAUUUAUUAUUAGAUUCAUUUCAGGUAAUAUUAUCGAAUCCAAAUUCAACACCGGCCGAAAUUGAAUGUAUGCAAUGUGUUUUUCGUCAAUGUGGAAAAUAUCUGGAUGAAGAUAAUCCAUCCCGGAUAAAAACAAUAAUAUUUUUAAUUCGUGAUAUUCUUCUAAAUUGUUCGAAUUUAAAUCAAUUUAUUAAUUCACAAAAUAAUACAAGUUUAAAUUCAUCGAUCAAUAAAAAUUUAUUAGAAAUUAUUGAACUUUAUUCAAGUGGAUGGCAAUUUGAUCAAUCACAACAGAUUUAUUAUUUUCCAUAUACAAAAAUUGAUUAACCAUCGGAUAACCGAUAAAAACAUCGAUAAACGUGAAAGGAAAUUUUCAUAAAUUGGACUUUUUUUACAGGGGAAAAAAUUGGCCAAUUUUUUCCCAACAAAAAAAACCAAACUAAUUCUCCAUAAUCCUCCAACGUUUUUUCCAAGGAAAAAAACAACAACAACACUAAAUGACAAUCCGAUAAUAACCGAAACAACAACAACAAACUUUACGACAAAUCAAUUUGCUUUAAAAAUGA